AUGAAGGGCACCAGGCACUCUCGUGACUGGGACCCUGGAGACAUCUGGCACAACUUGAGUUUUGCCUACUCGGACUCGACAUUGGUGACAACAGUCUAUUUUAUGAUCAUGUCGACUCGGUCGCAGUCGGAGCCUAAGUGCUUCCUGAGUCCGACACAGUGCAAGCGGGGCGCUUCGUUCUGCCUCCUUCUCGUGUCUGGUGUGGUGUCGGAAAUCCCUCUCCUGUCCCACGAUCUGACAAUCAACCCACCGCGACGUCGCCAAGACCAAACCGCUGCAGUACGCACGUAUGGGUCGACUUGGUACGUGCAGUCCGACGAGAGCCUCCUCAACAGCACUGGACCAGACGUGGGUCCUCAAACCCCUUCCGAUGUUUUGUCUGCUGAGGUGAUGUGGCGAGGAUCGCUGUUUCACACUUCACUGGCCAAGUGGCCACGUCUCAAUCACACGGCGACGCCAGGGUAUCCACAAUAG